AUGGUUGGGGGGAGGGGUGGUUGGGGGAGAGGGAGUGAGGGUGGGAGAGUGGGGGGUGUAAAUGAGGUUGGGGGGGGGGAGGUGUUGGGGUGGGGGGUAUUGGUAGGUGGGGGGGGGGGGGUUUGUUAUGUGGGGUGGGGGGUGGUAGGGGGGGAUUGGGGUAUGGGUUGUAGUUUGGGGUAUGGGUGUUAUGUGGGGUUUGUGGGGUUUUGGUUGGGUGGUUAUGGGGUAGGUGGUUUGGUGUUGGGGAGAAUUGUGGUGGGUUGUGGGGGGGGAUUGGGGGUUGAAAUGGGGGGGGGGGUGGGUGUGAAUAUGGUUAAUAGAUGGGUUGAAUAUGGGUGGGUGGUAUAUGGUAAUGAGGAUGGGGGGUUGGUAAUGGUGGGGGGUGAAUGGUUAAUGAGGAUGGGGGUUGAAAGGGGUGGGGGGUGGUGA